ACCUCUCGCUCCCCGCUGGCUAUUUUCAUCCGGUGUCACGUCGAUCUUCCGGGUGUCUUUGACAGGGCUUCUACGCCGCUUUUUCGGCGACUUUUUGGUCUUCCGCUUUUUGCCACCGCCCCCAACCUUUUAUAUCCUUGCGGUCCCUGCCUUUUCUUGUGUUGCUCCUCCCCUGGUAGCCGUGCCAGGGGUUAGAUCGUAAGCCGGAGCCGGAGUUGGAGCUGGGCCUAGCCACCACGGCCACCACUACCUCCUUUGGUUCGGAAGAAAGCUACCACCAAGUAAGCCCAGGAGUCCCCGCUGGGGCCUUGGAGCUUCUGAGCGGGCUGUGCGGGUAGAUCCUGUUAGCCCUUCCCCGAGCACACCUAACCGAAAGAGGAAGGUUGUCUUGGGAUCCCUGCAUGGUGUUUAAAAGGGUGGUGAAGAACUAAGGUGGAAGAAUACAUGUUCACUUCCCGUGAACAAGAGCAUGUUCCCAAACUCAAUUUUGGGUCGCCCACCCUUCACUCCAAAUCAUCAACAACAUAGUAACUUCUUUAACCUGUCACCAACUGUUUAUUCACACCAGCAGCUUAUAGAUGCACAAUUCAACUUUCAGAAUGCAGACUUGUCGAGAGCUGUGUCGUUACAGCAGUUGACAUAUGGAAAUGUCAGUCCAAUACAGACCUCAACUUCCCCAUUAUUUCGAGGAAGGAAGAGAUUAAGCGAUGAAAAAAACCUUCCUCUUGAUGGUAAACGGCAGCGUUUCCAUUCACCCCACCAAGAGCCAACUGUAGUUAACCAGAUAGUGCCUUUAUCAGGUGAACGAAGAUACUCAAUGCCGCCAUUGUUUCAUACACAUUAUGUACCAGAUACAGUCAGAUGUGUUCCACCUUUUCGGGAAAUACCAUUUUUAGAACCUAGAGAAAUCACACUGCCUGAGGCCAAAGAUAAGUUGAGUCAGCAGAUACUGGAGUUAUUUGAAACAUGUCAGCAGCAAAUAAGUGAUUUAAAGAAGAAAGAACUAUGUCGAACGCAGCUGCAGAGAGAAAUUCAACUGUUAUUUCCACAAAGCAGACUUUUUUUGGUUGGGUCCUCUUUAAAUGGAUUUGGUACCCGGAGCAGUGAUGGUGAUUUAUGCCUAGUUGUUAAGGAAGAACCAUGUUUUUUUCAGGUAAAUCAGAAGACUGAAGCACGGCAUAUACUCACCUUAGUCCAUAAACACUUCUGUACUAGACUUUCGGGCUACAUUGAGAGACCUCAGCUGAUUCGAGCAAAAGUGCCAAUUGUGAAGUUCAGGGAUAAAGUCAGUUGUGUGGAGUUUGACCUGAAUGUAAACAAUAUUGUUGGAAUAAGAAACACAUUCCUUCUCAGAACUUAUGCAUACCUUGAAAAUCGAGUUCGUCCGUUAGUGCUGGUGAUUAAGAAGUGGGCAAGUCACCAUCAGAUUAAUGAUGCCAGUCGUGGUACUUUAAGCAGCUAUAGUCUUGUAUUGAUGGUUUUGCACUAUUUACAAACCCUACCUGAACCCAUCCUACCAUCCCUCCAAAAAAUUUACCCAGAAUCUUUUAGUCCUGCUGUACAGCUGCACCUUGUACAUCAAGCUCCAUGUAAUGUUCCUCCUUACCUCUCAAAAAAUGAAUCAAACCUUGGGGACCUCUUACUGGGCUUUCUUAAAUAUUACGCUACAGAAUUUGACUGGAAUAGUCAAAUGAUUUCAGUUCGUGAAGCCAAAGCCAUUCCGAGGCCUGAUGGUAUUGAAUGGAGAAAUAAAUACAUCUGUGUAGAAGAACCUUUUGAUGGAACAAAUACAGCCAGAGCGGUGCACGAAAAGCAGAAAUUUGACAUGAUCAAGGAUCAAUUUUUAAAGAUGGAAUUUCACUCCUGUUGCCCAGGCUGGAGUGCAGUGGCACAGUCUCAGCAACCUUCACCUCCCAGGUUCAAGGGAUUCUCUUGCCUCAGCCUCCACAGUAGCUGGGAUUAUAGACCUCUACCACCACACCUGGCUAAUUUUGUUUGUUUGUUUGUUUUGUUUUCAUAGAGACAGGAUUUCAACAUGUUGGUCAGGCUAGUCUUGAACUCCUCACCUCAGGUGAUUCACCCACCUGGGCCUCCCAAAGUGUUGGGAUUACAGACGUGAGCUACCACGCCAUGCCCUGAUAAGUAUUUUCAUAGUGACAUUAUUAAAGUUCCAAAAUUAGUAAGUAAAACCUAAUGGACUCUUUGACCUCCUUAGUAUAUCAGGGAAUUUCUUGUGGCCUUACAAGGAAGCUGAUGUCUAAUCCAUGCUUUUUAUUCUGUAUACCCCACUGUCACAGGAAUUAGAGUGCCAUUUUAUCUUUGUUUAUAUUUUGGACAGUUAAAAAAAUUUAUGUCUGUGUCCAUAGUAUGAAUUUAUUCAUCAGUGAUGUUGCUAGAUGUGGUCCUUAUCUUCAAGGACUUCCACAACACAUUUUAGAAAUGCAUUGAUGUAUGUGUUGAGACUUGGAGGGGAGGGAAAGCUUUAUGGAAGAAAAAGAUGAGAGAACUGCAGAGAUCAUUUUAGAGGCAUCUUUUUUUUUUUGGAGACAGAGCCUUGCUCUGUCACCAGGCUGGAGUGCAGUGGCACGAUCUUGGCUCACUGCAAAGUCUGCCUCCUGGGUUCAAGUGAUUCUCCUUCCUCAGUCUCACGAGUAGCUGGGAUUACAGGUACCUGCCAUUACAUCUGGCUAAUUUUUGUAUUUUUAAUAGAGAUGGGGUUUCACCAUGUUGGCCAGGUUGGUUUUGAACUCCUGACCUCAGGUGAUCUGCCCACCUUGCCUCCGAAAGUGCUGGGAUUAUAGGCGUGAGCCACUGUCCCCGGCUGAGGCAUACUUUUUCAUUGUCUAGACAUACAAGUCGACUUUAUUUUAAUGAUAAUUUAAAAUGUAAGUAUUGAGGCAUGAGUAUCACUGGAGCCCAGGAGUUCAAGGCUACAGUGGGCUAUUAUCAAGUUGCUGCACUUCAAGCCUAGACGACAGAGUGAGACCCACCUCUACAUACAUACAUACGUAUGUACAUACAUAAAAAUAAUGGUCAUGUGCAAUGGUUAACACCUGUAAUCCGAACACUUUGGGAGGUCAAGGCAGGAAGAUUGCUUAAGGCUAGGAGUUUAAGACCAGCCUGGGCAACACAUAGCAAGAUAUAGUACACACACACACACACACACACACACACACACACAUAUACUCUCACUCACUCACCCACCCCAUCCCAUUCCUGGGUACACUGGUGCUCAUCUGUGUCUUAGCUACUGGGGAGGCUGACUGGGGAGGAUGGCCUUGAGCCUAGGAGGUUGAGGCUACAGUGAGCUGUGAUUGUGCCACUGUACUCCAGCCUGAACAAUAGAAUGAGUCCCUGUUUCAGAUAGAUAGAUAGAUAGAUAGAUAGAUAGAUAGAUAGAUAGAUAGAUAGAUAGAUAGAUAGACAGACAACAGAUAGAUAGAUAGACAAUCGAUCGAGAUAGAUAGAUAGAUAGAUAGAUAGAUAGAUAGAUAGUAUUCUAUUACAAGCUAUCCUUCAAAUGAGGCUUUCUUAAUUUGGCAACCAGAAAAGAAAUUCUUUAUCUUUAAAACAGAUAUCCAAGAGAGAAUAUUUUUGUCUAUCAGAUUAACUUGAGAAGUCAAAAAUAGUAUUGCUCCAUUGCUGUUCUUAUUGAUAAGUGAGCUUUCAUUUAGGAUUGUUUAGUUGUAAAACCAGUAUUUUUAGUCAAUUGAAUAACUGAAGUGAGACUAGAAUACAAUGAUCUGCAGUCACCAAGUAGCCAGAUUUUUAGCUUGUGAACAAGUUUCUUUUCUUAUCCUUAUAAAUUCAAAUCACUGUUCUUUUCCAGAGGCAUACAUAAAGUGCCCUAUAGUAAAUUUACUCUCUCCUUCAUAAAUACUAUUUUUUUUUAGACAGGGUCUUGCUCUGUCACAAGACUCAUGCAGCCUCAACCUUCUGGGCUCAACGAUCCUCCCACCUCAGCCUCCUGAGUGCUGGGUAUGGUACCACCGUACCCACCUAAUUUUUGUAUUUUUUGUACAGACAGGGUUUCACCAUGUUACCCAGGCUGGUCUUGAGCUCCUGGGCUCAAGUGAUCUGCCUACCUCAGCCUCCCAGAGUUCUGGAAUUACAGGUGUGAGACACCUUACCCAGCUUCAUAAAUAUUUUUAAUGGAAAAAGCUAAUAAAGAUGUAAGACAGUCAGUCAAAUAAUUGAAAUAUAUAAUCCUCUCCUCUCAAAUCCAAAGGUUUUGUCUUAAUUACCUUGCUAUUUUAAAUUGAAUUAACUCAUGAAUAAAUACUAAUAUUGUCAGUUGUAUCUUUCAGUACCACCUGUGUGCCCAUUUCUUUAAUAAUGAAUUGGAACCAUAAAAGUACAGAGUUUUAAAAUAACAUUUUCUUUUCUUAUACUUUGUUAAAAACUUGGAAAAUAAAAACUCAGAGAACCAGACUGGGCAAUACAGUGAGACCUUGUCUCUACAAAAAAUUUUAAAAAUUAUCUGCAUGUGGUGGAACACACCUGUAAUCCCAUCUACUCAGGAGGCUGAGGUGGGAGGAUAUCUUGAGCCUGGGAGGUGGAGCUUGUAGUGAACCAAGAUUGUACCACUGCACUCCAGGUUGGGCAGCAGAGCAAGACCCUAUCUCAGAAAAAGAAAAGACUUGAAGAAAAAAAAUUAUUCAAAAUUUUAUACCCAAAGAGAACUGCUGUUAACAUUCUUUUAAACUCUUAGUCUUUUGUUCCGCCUAAAUUUUAGGUUUUAAGAAUGAUUUUUCUUUCUC